AAUUCAUUAUAAACAUAAAAUUAGUUAGAAAAAGUACACAUAUUAAGGAUAAGUGAAAAAAAUCAAUAUUGAUAAAUAUUUACUAAAAUACUAAUAAUGUCGACAGGGAAGCACACUAUUUAUUUAAUAGUGGCUACUGAAAAUAUAUAUACAUAAAUAUAAAACAAUCAUUUGAGGUGAAAAAGAAUGAUGGAAAGCUUUCCGAACAAUUGACUGCUUGUUCUUUAUCUGUUACAAAAUGGUACAUUAUACAAACCCUAGCGCCUCCUGGUGGCACAACAUAUAAGGGACUGUGUUUGCCUUAUUUGUGCAAAUAUUUGUGUCAAUAAAAGAUUUAGGAAGUUUUCAUUCAUUCAUUUUCUACCGCUUUUCCUCACAAGGGUCGCGGGGGUGCUGGAGCCUAUCCCAGCUGUCUUUGGGCGAGAGGCGGGGUACACCCUGGACUGGUGGCCAGCCAAUCCCAGGGCACAUAUAGACAAACAACCAUUCACACUCACAUUCAUACCUAUGGACAAUUUGGAGUGGCCAAUUAACCUAGCAUGUUUUUGGAAUGUGGGAGGAAACCGGAGUACCCGGAGAAAACCCACGCAUGCACGGGGAGAACAUGCAAACUCCACACAGAGAUGGCCGAGGGUGGAGGGAAGUUUUGUUUUCCAUAUAAAAGAAGACAAUUGUAUGAUUGUUCAGUUGAAAAGCUUCCCGAUACAUCUCUUGAAGCCACCAUGAAUGUGGUAUUUUUGUUGUUUCCCAGUGGAUUAAAACCAGUUGCAUUCAAAGCCCCUCAGAUUUGUCAGAAGCCCAUUGCUGGGGUGAAAAAGUGCAUGGAACAAACAUUGUACGGAAGGUUCGAACCAAUUCAAAUGAGGCUCCUCCUCCGUAUAUGUGCGCGUAUAUUCCCUCGUCCUUGAACGCACCAUUGGCCACACAGGUCCUGUGCGUGUUUGCGUGUGUGCUUUGGUGACUGCUGAGACCCUACGCAUCCUCCCUUUCAUAGGUCACUGUGGGCAUUUGACCCUUUAGACCAGGGGUGCUCACACUUUUUCAGCAUGCGAGCUACUUUUUAAAAUGACCGAGUCAAAAUGAUCUACCCACUACAAAAAUGCAAAACAUCUAUUUAUUUUCAAAUGUAUUGAGGAUUAUUUGUACGUACAAUGUAUGUUGAUGUACCUUACAUAACCAAAUGAGCCAAUAUUGCAAAACACACAUAAUUAACUAUUAACAUUUUUUGUAAUUACCUCCACAUUACUCCACAUUUCCCUUCUUUGGUACUGCAAUGGUAGAAUGGCAUAUGAGGCAAACGCACUUGGAAAAAGACAUUGUGAAAAAAAAGUCCACCUCCCAUUCCGUAUGGAAGUGAUAUGUUUUUGCCUUUUUACUUGGUCCAGCUCCUUCACUCAUUUUAGUGACCAUAAACUUUAGCGAGGGCUUAAAAUCUGACGCAAUUCUCCGACUAGCUUAGCACUUUGCAUCGUUGUUUACGCAUGAGCGGUGACCUAAAGGUCAAAAUUCAGUUGUCAUCUGACUGGUUGUCCUGUAUGUCAAUCAAGUAACGGGGAUGGAUGAUAGGCUGACAUCGUAAGUUCUGCUGCACUUAGAGACGUUGUUUGAUUUGAUUGGUCGCCCGAAGGGCAACAUUCAGUUGUCAUCUGAAUGGCUGCCCUGUAUAUCAAUCAAGUGACGGCAUUGAUGCUAGGAUGAUAUUUUUUUAAUGUCACGCCGCGAUCGACCAGCGAUCGACCAGUACCACCUCCGCGAUCGACCGGUAGAUCGCGAUCGACUUAAUGAGCACCCCUGCUUUAGACAGUCUAGCUUCACUUGUGACCUUUGUGUUCAUUUCGGAUAAGCGGUACAGAAAAUGGAUGGAUGGAUGGAUGGAUGGAUGGAUGGAUGAACACAUGCUGUAUGCAUUUCCUAAAAGUCAUUCAAUCCAAAAUGAAAGCAACAUACAUAUGCAUAUAUACGAUGCAGUGUGUAAUAGUUAUUAUGUACAUUAGAGUCACAUGACUAAUGCAUUCAAGUUGUAUUUCAAUGUGUUUGACAGAUGCGCGGGUAUGUGUAUACAGGAUGAUGAGCGUGGGAGACAUGUUGGUCACAUGUCUUCUUCCUAGAAGGUCACACAUCCGUAUGAGGUCAUAAAAGUGGGGAAACCAGACUGUAACGCUUUCAUCGUUGCAGCCGAGUGACCACUUGAGCGUGCGUCCUUUUUGUUGCCAUCAGGGGCGUCUGCCACAGCCUGCCCGCUUCCUCUCCACUUCAAACAGCUCCCUUGCUUUCAUGGACUCCACCCUUGCCAUGAAAGCUUCGGGAAAGGUCACCGGGGCCGUUGACCUUCCCGUCCACGGAGAGCCGACCUGAAAAUAUCAGGGCGUGAGAGGCUGAUUGGAACAGCCCUGUGUGAGCCACGUACCGUGGCUUUAUCCCAACCAGCAGUAUCCGUCGCUAAGAGGACAUAAUGAGCACAGAAAAAGCCCUAAAAGUAUCAAGUGGCCAUGUAUGCGACGGCCCCGCCCACACCACGCUUCAAGAGGAAACUUAAAACCACGGCAAGGAGGAAGGCAAGUGUGAUGACUGCUUGUGAGAGCGCAUGGCAGGAAGUUGGCCCGCAGCACUGCCUGACGGUUUUUGCUUUUACAUUACACACGUCAAAGACACGGAGAUGUUUAGGAAAAUGGAUGAAAGGAGGAGGCGGAUGACUUCCUGGUUCAUCAACAAGCUUCCCAGUCGGUGGUUUUACUGAGAUGAGAUAUGAACGCUCGCGCUUCUUCACUUUCCUUUUCACCACGACCACCAUGUAACUCUGCAGGAAGCAAACACAGACUCCGCCAUGCAACUAAAGCGGAUACUCAUGUAGCCCAGGAAUGUCCAAUGUGUGGCCUGGGGGCAUUUUUGGCUCAUUUCUGUCACGGGCCCUUCAAAUACAUAAUUAUACGUUAUUUUCUCAGUCAAUAAUCUGAUGCUUGUUAUUGGCUGGCUGCAUAAUGUUUUGUUCCGCUAGCUUCACAUAAUCGGAGCCAAUCACAAGCUAUCAGUGCACCCACAAAAGCUAAAUGUUUGUAUGUUUGAGAUAACUUUAUUAGGUCACUUUUGAGUGUUAAGUCGCUGUGUGAUGAGUUUUUUGUUUGUACGGUGACACCGUGAGUCAAGACUGUUAUGAGUAAUGACCUCGUGCAAUUUCCAAGGGGGUGACCAGCUUCAUAGCUCGUGGUUGGCUCCUGGUCUGGUGGUCACAGUCUUGUUUGCGCCAUAGUAUGCCAUUUUCUGAUGCAGACACUGCAGCUUACACUGUAUGUGUACAAAUGUAGUGGGUGCAGAUAAAUCACUUUAGUAAUUAGUUGCCGGACUUUUUAUGAAAUACCUUCAAAUAGGUCAAGAGACUUGAAUCAUUACAUUAAGGCUGAGCUCGAUACUUGAACAUCUCUACAAAAUCACUCGGGGGCAGUGUUUUACCCAGAGUGAUUGGACUAGCUUUUUAGUUUUCUGUGUAGUAGUAGCGAACAAUGGAGACAUCCAGAUCGUAGACGUAGAUAUUGGUGUGCAAUAACGUGCCACAUUUCACUGGCGGUAGCAUUGGGUUACUGGCAGCCAUUGCAGUACACAAAGGCAUGCUCAGAUGAGUUUGGUAGAGAAGAACUAGAAGACUCGGUGGUCGAAUGCCUUCUCAGAAGCUGUUAGCUGCCAAGAGGAAGUGGGUCAUAUACGUACAUAGUGUAUGUCCAUAUGAAUGUUACUCAUCUACGUUUAGGAUUUCAGCUCUAUUAAUAGCCACCUCACACACACACACACACACACAGGCCUCAAAUAUCACAUCCACUGCCACAAAGUGAAAGCCGUCGCCCUCACUGCCUCACUAUUUUUGUCACAAGCACAAAGAGCGGUUUGUUUUGUAGGUGGCCAGCUGGUGUUUUGAUGGUUCUCCUGUCUCUUCCUCGCUUUCACAGACGUGCCAGACUUCAGAGGAGAUCCCUCCACGCUCACCCUGCUGUUGACUCGGCAUCAGGGAGGGAAGCUGGUGUGCUGGCACGGCGUCACCACUGAUGUCACAACUCCUUUCUCGUCUUCCUCUCGCUCGCAGGUUCAAUCCCACCCACCCCCACCCUGGCCGCCGCAGCCUCAGUCUCUCGCAGAGGAAAGGUGCUUGAAUCCCUCACAUCUCCUCCACUGCCGCCACGAGCAACAUGUCGCCCUUCCUGCGCAUCGGAUUCUCCAACUUUGAGAUUGACCCGGGUCUGGCGUACCACGAGGAGGUCCUGAGUCCCUACUGUGCCGUCUACAUGAAGGAGGCCAUCGACACAGAAAAGGGUCAGGUUUACAAGCAGAAGAAGCCCACCAUGUACCCCCCCUGGAGCAGCACCUUUGACGCGCACGUGCACCACGGGCGCAUCAUGCACGUGAUGGUGAAGGACCGCACGGCCGAGCUGAAGUCCGAGGCCACCGUCGCUCUGGACUCGCUGGCGACACGCUGCAAGAAGGAGAGCGGCAAGCUGGAGAUUUGGUUGGACUUAAAGCCGCAGGGCCGCCUGUUAAUGGAGGCCAGAUAUUAUCUGGAGAAAAGUGACGUGGCGGGCCAGGCCGAAGGCGAGCCGGAGCGAGAGGGUCUGUUUGCUCUCCACCAGCGACGCGGAGCCAUCAAACAGGCCAAAAUUCAUGUGGUAAAAUGUCACGAGUUCAGCGCCACCUUCUUCCCUCAGCCCACCUUCUGCUCCGUCUGCAAAGAGUUUGUCUGGGGGCUCAACAAGCAAGGUUACCAGUGCAGACAGUGCAACGCAGCCAUCCACAAAAAAUGCAUCGACAAAGUCAUCGCCAAAUGCACGGGGUCGGCCAUCAACAGCAAGGAGACCAUGAUCCACAAGGAGCGCUUCAAGAUUGACAUGCCGCACAGGUUCAAAGUGUACAACUACAAGAGUCCCACCUUCUGUGAACACUGUGGGACCCUCCUGUGGGGGCUGGCCAAGCAGGGGCUGAAAUGUGAAGAGUGUGGCAUGAAUGUCCACCACAAGUGUCAGAAGAAAGUGGCCAACUUGUGUGGUGUCAACCAAAAGCUGAUGGCAGAAGCUCUGGCCUUAAUCGAGAGCAAACAGCAGGCCAAGAGCACGAGAGAACCAGACAUUGUUGGUCGGGAAGGCCCGGUAGGUGUCAGCCAGCCGGGAAUGAUCCGAGCUCUGAGUGCAGUCCACGUGAAUUCAGCUGCUAGCAAAGAGUUGCAGGGUGUUUCCUGGGAGGGGCCAGCAGACACCAGCGAGCUGCACGUUGACGAGGAGGAGGCGCUGUACAAUUUUCCCAAGAAGGAUCAGCCCAAAUUUUCCAUCGAUGACUUCGUCCUGCACAAGAUGCUUGGGAAGGGCAGCUUUGGCAAGGUGUUUUUAGCCGAGCUGAAGAAGAGCGGGCAGUUUUUUGCUGUCAAAGCCCUGAAGAAGGACGUGGUGCUGAUGGACGAUGACGUGGAGUGCACCAUGGUGGAGAGGAGGGUCCUCUCUUUAGCCUGGGAAAACCCCUUCCUCACACACCUGUACUGCACCUUCCAGACAAAGGAGAACCUGUUUUUUGUGAUGGAGUACCUGAAUGGAGGCGAUCUCAUGUUCCACAUCCAGAACUGCCACAAGUUUGACCUGCACAGAUCCACAUUCUAUGCGGCUGAGAUCGUCUGCGGUCUUCAGUUCCUCCACUCCAGAGGCGUCAUUUACAGGGAUCUGAAGCUGGACAACGUGCUGCUGGACUCCGAGGGGCAUAUCAAGAUUGCAGACUUUGGCAUGUGCAAGGAGAGAAUGCAGGAGGAAUCGAGGACGUCCACCUUCUGUGGGACACCGGACUACAUCGCCCCCGAGGAACAGAAUGAACAAUCGUGUUUGUGUGCUGGGGGCGGGGGUGUCAGAUCCUGCUGGGUCAGAAGUACAACAGCUCGGUGGACUGGUGGUCGUUUGGGGUUCUGCUGUAUGAGAUGCUCAUCGGUCAGUCUCCCUUCCAUGGCCGGGACGAGGAGGAGCUCUUUCAGUCCAUACGCACAGACAACCCCAUGUACCCCCGCUGGCUCACCAAAGACACCAAGGACAUCCUGGUCAAGCUCUUUGUCAGGGAGCCUGAGGGGCGCCUGGGAGUCAAGGGGAACAUCCGGGGGCACAGUUUCUUCAGCGCCACCGACUGGAACGCGUUGGAACUACGGCAGGUGGAACCGCCCUUCAGACCGACCUUGACAUCGCCCAGCGACUGCAGCAACUUUGACAAGGAGUUCAUCAACGAGAAGCCUCGCCUGUCGUGCGCCGACCGGACACUCAUCAACAGUGUGGACCAGACCAUGUUCUGGAACUUCUCCUUUGUCAACCCGGGCAUGGCUCAUGUGGCG